AUGACCCUGAUGUGUAGUCCCCACCACACCUCUUAUGAGCGAUCGAUGACCCUGAUGUGUAGUCCCCACCAACACACCUCUUAUGAGCGAUCGAUGACCCUGAUGUGUAGUCCCCACCAACACACCUCUUAUGAGCGAUCGAUGACCCUGAUGUGUAGUACCCAACACACCUCUUAUGAGCGAUCGAUGACCCUGAUGUGUAGUCCCCACCAACACACCUCUUAUGAGCGAUCGAUGACCCUGAUGUGUAGUCCCCACCAACACACCUCUUAUGAGCGAUCGAUGACCCUGAUGUGUAGUCCCCACCAACACACCUCUUAUGAGCGAUCGAUGACCCUGAAGUGUAGUCCCCAACACACCUCUUAUGAGCCAUCGAUGACCCUGAAGUGUAGUCCCCACCACACCUCUUAUGAGCGAUCGAUGACCCUGAAGUGUAGUCCCCACCAACACACCUCUUAUGAGCGAGCGAUCGAUGACCCUGAAGUGUAG